GGUUGGGGGGGGGGUGCUACGCCCAUGUAUACUAUAGAGUAUAGUUUUCUAUUAUAGACCUUUAUUGACCAGAUAGAUAUCUUCUACAGUACACUACAGUCAGUACUAGUCUACAGUUCUAGUAACUUACUAACUAGAAGAGUUAGAUCUUCUCUAUAACAGACUAUGGCAGCUAAAAAUACUGUCAGUACAGAAAAUGGGGAGAUUUUUGAUGAAAGUGAAGGAGAGUUAGUAGAUUCACAGCUACCAGUUGCUUGUCAUGAAAAGCGUCACUUUGGCAAUAUAGAAGGAUCAAAACUUUGUUUGCAAUGCUGGAGAAUGAAAGAAAGGAUGAAAACAGUCAGUGUUGCUCUAGUACUUUGUUUAAAUGUUGGUGUUGAUCCUCCAGAUGUGGUCAAGAUUUCUCCCUGUGCUCGAAUGGAAUGCUGGAUAGAUCCUCACACCAUGAGUCCACAGAAGGCACUAGAAACCAUUGGCUCCAAUCUACAGAAGCAGUAUGAGAGAUGGCAGCCUAAAGCUCGAUACAAGCAAUCCCUUGAUCCAACAGUAGAAGAAAUGAAAAAAUUGUGCGUUUCUUUAAGACGAAAUGCAAAGGAGGAAAGAGUGCUUUUUCAUUAUAUUGGUCAUGGUGUUCCAAAACCUACUUCUAAUGGAGAAAUUUGGGUUUUCAACAAGAGUUACACUCAGUACAUUCCCUUGUCUCUGUAUGACCUACAAAUCUGGAUGGGUAGUCCCUCCAUCUAUGUUUUUGAUUGUUCCAACGCUGGUAUCAUCAUAGAUCUUUUCAAAACCUUCACAACGCAGAGAGAACAGGAGUCUGCACAGACAACAGCUGCACAGAUUAACACAGAACAAAGUGUUCCUUCCAGUAUAAAAAACAGCAUUCUGUUAGCAGCUUGUGGAUCAACAGAGAAUCUACCAAUGAAUCCAGACCUCCCUGCAGACUUAUUUACUUCCUGUUUAACAACUCCUGUUAAAGUGGCAUUACGAUGGUAUGUUCUUAAUAAUAGAAGCCUUGUCCCUGGUCUUACUAUGGACAUGGUUGACAAAAUACCUGGCCAGUUGAGUGACAGAAGAACAAUGUUGGGAGAAUUGAACUGGAUCUUUACUGCUAUUACUGACACUAUAGCAUGGAAUUUAUUGCCUAGAGAAUUAUUUCAAAAGUUAUUUCGACAAGAUCUUUUAGUUGCCAGUUUGUUCAGAAAUUUUCUUCUUGCUGAACGAAUCAUGAGGUCUUACAAUUGCAUCCCAAUCUCCAGCCCCAAGUUACCUUCUUCACAUCAACACUAUAUGUGGCAAGCUUGGGACCUGGCUUUAGACUUGUGCCUACAGCAGCUAACUUUGAAGCCUAUUAGUCCAGAUGGUAUGACUUUUAUUCAUAGCCCAUUUUUUGCUGAGCAAUUAACAGCAUUCAAAGUGUGGUUAGACUAUGGUACUGAAUCACGACGACCUCCAGAACAGCUUCCUAUUGUGUUGCAGGUGUUACUGAGUCAAGUUCAUAGAGUUCGGGCGUUAGAUUUGUUAGGAAAGUUUCUGGAUCUUGGAUCAUGGGCAGUCAACUUGGCACUUUCAGUUGGUAUCUUUCCUUAUGUUUUAAAAUUGCUACAAAGUUCAGCCAAGGAACUCAGACCACUUCUUGUCUUUAUAUGGGCCAAAAUUCUGGCAGUUGAUCCAUCCUGUCAAACAGACUUAGUCAAAGAUAGUGGACAUAAAUAUUUUCUGGGUUUGUUAUCUGAAACCACUGCAGCUCCGGAACAUAGGACAAUGGCAGCAUUUGUCAUGGCAAUCAUUAUGAACAAUUAUGCCCCAGGAAGGGAAGCAGCACUGAAAGACAACACCAUUUCAACAUGCCUUGAGCAGUUAAGUGAUCCAAAUGCUCAUCUUAGACAGUGGUUGGCUCUCUGCUUGGCCAAGGUGUGGACUAAUUUUGACAAUGCUCGUUGGUGUGGUGUACGAGACCGUGCACAUGAAAAGCUCUCCAAGCUUUUGUCUGACCCUGAGCCUGAGGUAAGGGCAGCAACCGUAUUUGCUUUAGGAACAUUUGUGUCUAGAUCUCCAGAUCGUACAGAUCAUUCAGUAGCUGUAGAUGUAAACGUUGGAAAUCUUCUGGUUACCUGUAUCACAGAUGGAAGCCCACUGGUCAGGAAGGAGCUUGUUGUGGCCUUUGGUGGGUAUGUGUCUGUAUAUAUCUCCCAAUUUGUAAAUCUUGUCAAAAGAAUCCAAGAGGAAGAGAAAGAGAGAAUGGCUAUGUCUCUUGACAUGGCCAGUAUGUUUGCUCCUCCAAGACCAGUUGAUAGUUUUGCAAGUGGUGGAAUGAGACGGAGUCAAUCUCGCGGAAGCUUUAAAAGCUUAACUACUUCAUAUGUUAUUGUCAGAAGAAGAUCACGGAUUUGCAGUCUUUCUGAAUUUUCUGCAUCGAGUCAUCAGCUGUCCACCAUGACAACCUCACCAAGUACGGACAGUUUAGGAGACGAGCGACUUGUGAUACGUCGUGUCUCAUCAGGGGCUUCUAUCACAGGUCAUACAUUUGUAACAGUGUAUUCCUCCAUGUGGCAGGCCUUGAAUGAACUGGCAGCUGAUCCUCACCCCCAGGUUGCUGUCAUGGCAAAAAGUGUUGUUGAUGCUGUCAAGAAGAAGGCUUCCACAACAGCACGUCCAAGACAAGUAGUCCAAGCUGUGGUCACACAAAACAAUCAUUCUAUAGCAUCUAGUCCUUCCAGACCUGCAAAUAUGCCAUUAGGCACUCCGCCUCAGAACAUGAUGAAUGCCAGCAGUAAUCAGUAUUCUAUUAAUCAUCCUCCUAGAAAAGUUUUUGAAAAAAUUCCAAGCAGUACACAGUUGGAAGAAAAUAAAGAGGAAGACAACUCUUCAAUUACAGACAAAGUGAACACUCAGUUCUUUGAGUGGAGCUGUCGGUACUUCUCAGAGUCACUCAUGUGCUUGAAAAAAGAUCAUGAUCCAGAGAGCAAAGCAUAUCAUCAAAGGCAGUAUAGAUUUUUGCGCAACGCCAGAAUAAGGUCACAAGGGAGAGAACAGAUGAGGGCAGGAGUAAACAGACUAGAUGAUCAGAUGUUUGUGAAUAGAGUCAACGCCGUGCCAACUGCUAUUAAAUUUCAUCCUUAUGAAAAUUUUCUGGCUGUAGCUGAUAGUUACAAUGUUUCGUUUUGGGAUUUAGAACAAGGAACAAAGGUUUCUGAACUGACCAAUCCUGCUGCUCUUGAGAGGGCCUCUCAGCCAUUAUUCCGUGCUAGCCGUAUUACUUCCAUAGACUUCAUGAAUCCACAUGAUAUAGCACUUUUUAUGUUUUGUACAGAGGAUGGAGCCAUUCGAAUCUAUAGAAAUUUUCUCUCAUUAAAUGAGUAUGAGCGAGAGCUAGUAACAGCAUUUAAAGGACUUUCUGAAAUUUUGCCUUCUGAAAGAGGUUCUGGCCUAGUGACAGAAUGGGAACAAGAAACUACUACACUAAUUACAUCAGGCAAUGCAAGGAUUAUACGUUUAUGGGACAUGCAAAAAGAAACUAAAAUUUGUGAUAUCAGCACAGGCGCAGACAGUUGUGUUACCAGCUUAGCUUCUGAUCCUCUUGGUAAAUCAUUGCUUAUCGCAGGUUGUGGUGAUGGUUCAGUAAGACUGUUUGACAGAAGGCUCAACCCAGCAGAGUGUCGUGUCAUGACACUGAAAGAGCACAACUCCUGGGUACUUAAAGUUCAUCUACAGAGAGGAUCAGAGGGAAAAAUAGUCAGUGCUUGCUGUGAUGGAGAUAUACGUUUUUGGGAUCCAAGGUUUACAGACUCAGUUCGUAAAUUUAACACUCCAACACCGUUAUCAUCUGUGGAUAUACAUCCUAGGGCAGACAUAAUAGCUUGUGGUUCUACUAACCAAUGUAUGACAGCCUACAGUCCGACUGGAACAGUUUUGAGUACUGUUAAAUACCAUGAAGGUUUCUUAGGGCAAAGAAUUGGUAACGCUAGCUGCAUGUCAUUUCAUCCUUACUUGGUCAAAUUGGCAACUGGUAGUGCUGAUUGUUUCGUCUCUAUUUACACCACAGCAAGAAAUAUUCCACCAUUAUGAUUGGGUUCAUUUUAGCUACUUAUUGUAAAAUUGUGGAUAAUAAACACUGAAAUCAAUGGAACUGUUGCAAUAAAAAAAAAACUAAUAAUUUGCUGGCAAAUACUAUGGAAAAUGGGGUAACAAUAUUGUUACUAUAUUAGACUUAAAUUAUGUUUAGUUUGAUAGUGUUGAAUGUGUUUGUUUAAAUACUCUUAGGUUAUGUGUUGAUUAUUAAUUGAUUUAUUUUCAAUGAUUAAAAAAAAAAACACCUGCAUUUAGCUAGUUCAUUUCUUCGUGAUGCUACUGCAGAGUUCUUGUGAUGGUUGUUUUCCAAAUGUCUUGAAGUCUUAUGUUUUUAUCUGAACACACAAUUGUCUAUGAAUAGAAAGCAAAUUAUUAUGCAAUAUCUUUUGUUGUGUUCAUUUGACCAUGACCUAAGUGUUUAUCAUGGUUGACAUCUUUUGUCGUAAUAUUAAGCAUGUAGAAUAGAAUUUCCCUGUUUUGAUUUCAGUACUUAGCUAUUGACAACAUUCAUGCUGUUGUUUGCUUUGUAACAAAUUGUUUUUUUUUUUAUGUUGUUGGUGAUUUUCAACAAUCUUAAGUUACAAUGUCAAAUAAAAUACAGCUUAAAGUCAGCAUAUUAGGUUUAUUUCUCAUGUAUGAGUCCAAGAGGGCUCUUUGAACCAAAAUCAGGAGGCAUUAAAAAUCAAGGCAUUAAGUUUGGAAGAUUUAUAAGAAAUAAAAGCAUUUAGCAUUAUUUCUAUAAUUUAGAGGUGCUGCUUUACAAGUGAGAUUUCAUUUUAUGAUAAAAAUGUAGCUGUUUUUUUUUUUUUGUUCACUUAGUCAUAAUUGAUCAUUGUGUGUUCUAUUGUUUAGUAACAUGCAAGAUUUGUUUAUGUACUUUUUUAAAACAAUAUUUUGAAUAUCUUCAUUGAUGUAUUGGCAUUUGUUGUAGUUGUGUUCAGUUGCAUUUUUAUGUUCUUGUCACUUGAUCUGACCUUAAAAAAAACCCAAUAAAAUAGGAAUCUUUAAUGAAGACUUGUAUCAUCAAUAAGCAAUUAAUUUGAUCCAGACUUCUAUCCUAUUAAUCUUUCAAAGUGUUGUUUCAACACAGAUGUUUAUUUAUAUGACAAUAGUAUGACAUCUGUUUCAUUCCUUGUAGUUCAGAAUUAGUCUUCCAUAUUGGCAUAUUAGACAAAGUCUAAUCAGAACAUUUUUGUAAAGAACUUAAGAUAUGAAGAGGUAUCAAAGAAAAUGUUUAAAAAUGGUUUUCCUGAGAGGAUAAUUGAACCAGUGCAAAAUUUGGUAUAAGUAAUUAGCAACUUUUUCUAACACAUCUUUAACAUUGACAUAUUAAAUGUAAUAGUCAAUAAGAAAAUUUAGAGGAGUUCCAUUAGAUCUAGAGAUGACUAAUCAAUAACAUUAACUUUAGGAUUGAUCUUGUUUAUUCAUUUGUGCACCUUUCUUAUUUAUUGAAACAUCUUUAAAAAGUAAUACUGAGAAAGUUAUUUUGACUAUCUUUGCAAAAUUUUUUUCUCUCUUUGCACUUUUCACUCAUUUGGCUUGGUGUCUAUGAAAACAUAUUCUUUCUUUUGAAAUAAACACAAAUACAGUUUUGUUUAAGGAAGCUACUCAAAAUGAUUAAAUAUGAUUUACUAUGAGUGCUAAGGAAUUUUUUUUUACCGUACGUUGUAAAAUAUAUAAAAUUGUAAUUAAUGUACAAUUAGGGUGUGCAUCAGUUAAAUAACAAAUUAAAGAAUACCUGAAAAGCCUCUGUUUAUAACUUUUGUAUAAUAUGUCAGCUGUAAUAUUUCUCAUGUAAAAUUAUUUCUUAAAUUUUUUUUUUUAAAUAAGUCCAAUGACUUAAAUCUUUUAUCAAAAAAAUGCAUGAACAAUUGUCCGAUAUUUUCAAUGAUGAUGUAUCUUUAGUAGUAUGAAGGGAUAAAUUUACUAUAGAUAAUUUUUCUUAAGAUUUGUUUAAGUUUUUUGUCCACACACAGGAAAACUACAAAGAUAGUUAGGAUGUUAAAAGACAUCUAAUUAGAAUAUCCGCUGUUCUUUAUGCUAAAAUUAUGUUGACCAGUCUGACCUUUUCAUUUGCUGCUAAAGAAAUUGUGAGUUGGACAAGUCCUGCUUUUUAUUUUCCUAUCAUUACAACUUUUGUAACAUAUAUAUUUCACCUAAUGAAUUUUUUAAUCUAUAUAUCACUUGACUAAUAUCCAAUGUCAUUUUUUUUUAAUUUUCUUUUGAAUCCUAAUUGCUUUAUGUCAUCCUUUAUUUGUCUUGUGUUAUCUGGUAUUAUUUAGUUACACAUUCAUCUAGGACUUUGUCAAGUCUCCAUUGAACUAAGUUGUCAAUUACUGUGAUAUAAUUAUUUGUAGUAGUCUUUCAACAGUAUGCUUACCAAAACAAUAUGUUUUAUGCUCAUCACUUCCUAGACAAUUAAUAGAUGAAUUGUUCUCAUAAAAUUAAAUAAUCUUUUUGUUUAAAAGAUCCUAUCUAUUGUUGUAUUAAAAUAUGUAUUCCAGUUAUCCUGUGGCACAUAAAAGUUAUUUUAUGUUCUCACAUUAUGUAAGUUUAGGGAACAUUCAAUUUGUUUUUCUUUUGCAAUAAUGAGUUAUAAUGAAGUGUUAAAUGUAUGGGAAACAAUAAAUAGAGUAACAGAUAAAACAGUGAAUGGCUUGUUCACUUUUUAAAUUUUCUUUACCAGAGAGAAUUGUUUUGCAAAAUUGGCUAAAUUAUUUUCUUUAGUUUCUAAAUUGUGUUAUGUUGAAAAGGUGUCAAUUUUAAUGUUUUUCCCUUUUUAGCUUUCUAAUGAAAUCUGUUCCUAUGCUCUAAGUCAAUGAUUUUAAAAUAUUCACUAAUAAGAAAAAAAAAAAAAAGAAAUCAGAAUUUACAAUUUUGUUCAUGUUGAAGUCAUAAUUCAUGUUUGUUCCUGUAAGUCUUUUAAGUGUUUUGUCUUCAAUAAAGCAUUGUUUAAAGAUUAAUUUCUGUUUGAAUGUUGAUAUUUAAUUGUUGUUGUUUUUCUUUAGAUCAAAUCAGAUCUAUUUAUUACUGUUUUUUUCUCUUUUAAAAAUAAAGCUAAGAUGAAAAAUAUAACUAAUAUACUAUCCAUCCAAUAUUCUCUAAGAAAAACAAUAAGAAACAUAUUCUUUGUGUAGGCAUUAGUCUCUCAUAGACCUAUUUAGUAAAUGAACAUGCACAAUGGAAACCUUUGUGUGAACUACCAUGUGGUUACUAAGAUGUGUCUGUUAGAUCAUGUUGGAUAAAUAACAAAGAUUUAAAUCUAAACUUUAAAAAAAAGAAAUGUCUUAUUUCCAUGGAUUAUGAUGAGCCACUAUUUUGCAUAUAAGGGUCCCACAAUUGUAAACAGCUUCAAGUUGCUAAUUCAAUUGAGACAUAUCACAGCACAUUAGAUAUUAACUUUUUUUUUUCAUUACUACUCAUAUUAGAAAACUAUUGAUCACAUCUCUGGAUUCUGAAAGUUUGUGGACUUAUAACCUCUAUUUUUUUAAUCAUGCAUCUUUUUAUUUGCUUCACUGGUUGAAUUUUGUCACAAAACAAAAGUGUAUAUUUCUUAACAUUAUUUAUUAAGAGUAUUGUUUUUACAAAUAAUAUUCAGGAAAGAUAUUGAUUUAACUAAAGAAAGCAAAUGAAAAUAUUAUUUAUUUACUUGGAUUAUGUUAUCAUUUUUUUAACGAUUACCAUACUUUUCUUGUUUUGUUUUUUUUAUCUUAAUGAAUUAUUUAAAUGUUUUUAGAAAUUUUAUUUCAAUAAAUGCAAUAUUCAUCUAUGAAAAUUUAAAAUAAUUAUCCUUUGUGCAUGUUUUUAUUUUCAAGUUCUGUUCUAAAUAAUUUGCAUUUAUAAUAAGAAAAUCUUGUGUAUAUUUUGUAUGUUUAGUUUUUUUUUGUAGUAACUGAAUUAAGACUUAAAGAUUAUGUGCCAAUGCUAAAAAUUGUAAAUAAUGAUAACCAUUAAGUAUAGAUUAACUAUAAUCAAAGAUUUAGUUUUCAGAUAUUAAUUUUUUGAUGUAUGUGUGUCAUUGUUACUUUGUGAAUAAAGUUUUUGAUUUUCUUUGUAUGCUGUCGCCCUAGUGAGUAUCUUCUGUACUGGCUUCCUAUCCAAUGAGCACACACACAUGCUUGUUUUUAAUUUUUUUUUUUUUUUUGGCAAUUGUUUUACUGAGUUUAUUAAGUUAAUUUCUCAGGAAACUUUUUUUUUUCUUCUUUUGUGUCUUUUUACUUCAUAACCACUCAGUCUUGUAUUCUUUAUUUCCCUAUGACUCUUGUACUUAUGACAUUUUGUUUCCUAAAUUAGGAGAGUGAGAGAGUAAUUGGUUUCUUUAAAUGUAUAUACAUACUUUUGUAGUGUAUAAAGUCAUGGAAAAUAAAACCGGAUUCUUUUACUA